GAGCCAAUUCAGCAUAAGUCAACCAGGCCCAAGCCAACCAGGCAUGAAGCUACCAUGCUCAAGCCAAUUCAGCACAAGUCAACUAAGCCUGAGGCAAUCAGGCCCAAGUCAAACAGGCAUGAGGCAACCAGGCCUGAGCCAAUUCAGAAUGAAUCAACCAGGAAUGAGGCAACCAGGCUGGAGUCAAUCAGGUACAAGUCAAGCAGGAACAAGCAAAGCAGGCAUGAACAAACCAGGCCCAAGCCAACCAGGAAGGAGCCAAUCAGGCAUGAGGCAACCAAGAAUGAAUUCUUUCCGAAUAAGACCUGCAGAGGCUCAUGAUUGCCCAGAAAUCCUGAACCUAAUUAAAGAAUUGGCUUCCUGUGAGAACAUGCUGGAUGCAGUGAACUUAACAGUAAUGAAUUUACUCGGGGAUGGCUUUGGGAACAAUCCCCUUUUCUAUUGCCUGAUUGCAGAAGUACACAACCAACAAAAACCAUCAGGCAAAAUGACUAUUGGAUUUGCCAUGUACUACUUUAUGUAUGACCCCUGGAUUGGCAAGUUACUUUACCUAGAGGACUUUUAUGUCAUACAAGCUUACCGAGAUCUAGGUAUUGGAGCAGAAAUGCUGAAAAGGUUAAGUCAGAUAGCCAUCAGAAGCCAAUGUAACUGCAUGCACUGUCUUGUUGUCAUUUGGAACCAGGCUUCUAUUGACUACUACACUCAUCGAGGGCUAGAUCUUUCCUUUGAGGAGGGGUGGCAUCUGUUCAGGUUUAACAGACAAGAACUUAUGGGUAUUGCAAAAGAAGAGUGA